AUGGAUCCGAUAGAAGUGAUAGCUAUUUAUGAGGCAUUAGAAGAAGAUAGAAAAAGAAAGCGUAAAUAUUGGGUUCAUCCUUUAAAUACUCUUCGACUAGAAAUUGGGCAAUUUCAUACUUUAUAUAAGCAACUAAGACAUAAUCCAGAUAAAGCAUUCGAAUAUUAUCGAAUAACGGCUAUAUCUCCUGAAGAAAGGCUGACCGUUACAUUAAGUUAA